AUGUGGACUGACUGAGCGGUCACCCAAGUUGUGGCUUUGUUUGGGUCUGUGAGAUCUCCUUCCCUUUCUCUCAUGUCUCUUUUAGAACAACAACAACAGAAAAAUAGCAAACCAUACAAAAUAUAUAAAAAAUAAAAAAUAAAAAAAAUAACAUGUUCAAUAAUUAGGUCUCUGUUCCUUUGUGUUGCUUGUAAUUUCUUGUAUAGCUAGGAGGCAGCUCUGGUCUUCCAACCCCCUUUUCUUCUCGAACCUCCCACACCUCUUUCUAUUUUUCCUACAAUUUUUAUUUUUCGUUGUAUUUAUCAUCUUUUUGCGCCCCAAAAUUUUCUGCUUCAUAUUCUCCUCGUCGCUUUUCCCUUCCAUAUAAAGCUUCCAUUUUCAAAACCUCCGCUUUCUCUCUCUGUCUCUGCGUUUUCGCUGUAUAAAUAUCCUGAAUUAUACGUAUAUAUUCCUAUUACCUACAUAUUUUGCGCAAUUAUAUUAUUCGAUCUCGGAAAAUUGAUUCUCCGCCUGCUUUAUUCGAUUUUUUUGAUUAAAGAUCAGAGUUUUGAGCCCCUCAAUAUUUACUUCCGCUGAAUCGUUCCCAGAUUUCAAUUUCUCUGAUUUUGUUAAUGGGAAGAGGAGGAGCUGGAACAGGCAAGGUCAAAGUCUGCUGCUGAAGGUUUUGUUUUUGGUUUUGUUUUUGCUCGGAAUUUGAUUGUAAAUGUUGUAUUUGAAGCAGCCAAACCCCACAAUUCACACAUGGGGUUCAUUAGGUGAAUGAUUUCGAAUAGUUUUUCACCAUAGAAGAUUUGUGUGCUUCGCUUUGAUUCUUCUGUGCAUGCCAUUCUGAUAGAAACCCUGAGCCUGAGGCUCGGGGAUCUAAAAUUCCAAACUUCAACGAUGGCGUCCUCAGAGAAUGAGCCUGUGUCUCACUUGGAAGACGAACCUCGUCCUCCUCCUCCUCAACAUUUCGAUAUGCAGAAAUUCAGGCUUUACGAAACUCGAUCGAACUUUUACAUGAUUGGAAGGGACAAGACUAGAACUUAUUGGAGAGUACUAAAGAUUGACCGGUUGGAUCCUUGCGAGCUUAACAUUCGUGAAGAUUCUACUACGUACACUGAAAGAGAAUGUUCUGACCUCUUAAGGCGGAUAAAUGAAGGAAACAAGGCCACAGGUGGAUUGAAGUUUGUCACUACUUGUUACGGAAUUGUCGGAUUCAUUAAAUUUCUGGGGCCAUAUUACAUGCUUCUUAUCACGAAAAGAAGACAGAUAGGUGCCAUCUGUGGUCACAUGGUGUAUGCCAUCUCCAAGAGUGAAAUGAUCCCACUUCCAAAUCCUUCUUUUCAGUCCAAUAUCGCUAAUUCUAAAAAUGAAAACAGAUACAAGAAGCUCUUAUGCACAGUGGACCUUACAAAGGACUUCUUUUUCAGCUACUCAUACCAUGUUAUGCGUAGUCUGCAAAAGAACAUGUGUAAGAAUCAGACAGGACAUGUCCUUUAUGAAACCAUGUUUGUCUGGAAUGAAUUCUUAACUCGGGGAAUUCGGAAUCACCUUCAAAAUACUAUUUGGACAGUUGCUUUGGUUUAUGGCUUCUUUAGACAGGCCACUCUCUCUAUAUCUGGACGUGACUUCAAACUGACCCUUAUUGCAAGGCGUUCACGUCAUUAUGCGGGCACCAGGUAUCUAAAACGUGGUGUUAAUGAGAAGGGAAGAGUAGCUAAUGAUGUUGAGACAGAACAGAUUGUCUUUGAGGAUGUUCCUGAGGGCUUUCCGAUGCAAAUAAGUUCUGUCGUUCAGAACCGUGGCUCAAUCCCUCUAUUUUGGUCACAGGAAACAUCACGUUUAAAUAUCAAACCAGAUAUAAUAUUGUCAAAGAAGGACCAAAACUAUGAAGCCACUAGGCUUCACUUUGAAAAUCUUGUCAAGCGAUAUGGGAACCCCAUUAUCAUAUUGAAUCUGAUCAAGACUCAAGAGAAGAGGCCUCGAGAGUCCAUACUUCGUGCAGAAUUUGCUAAUGCAAUAGAUUUCAUUAAUAAAGACUUAUCUGAGGAGAACCGUCUUAAAUUUCUUCACUGGGAUCUGCACAAACAUUCUCGGAGCAAAGCUACAAAUGCUUUACUACUCUUGGGCAAGGUGGCUACAUAUGCCUUGACGCUAACUGGAUUCUUCUAUUGCCAAGUUAACCCAGCACUGAGACCUGAGGGUGUAAUUAAGUGGCCUUCCUCUGGGAAUUUUGAAAAUGGUGAUUUAUCUCCCCAAGAACUUAGUGCUAAUGGUAAUGUGGAUGCUGAUAACAUAGAGAAGACACCUAGUGGAAGCAAAAAUAUUGCAAAUGGUAAUCAUUCUGUCAAGCCAUCCACAUUCCAAAGUGGGGUGCUUAGGACCAAUUGCAUAGACUGUCUGGAUCGCACAAAUGUUGCUCAGUAUGCAUAUGGCUUGGCUGCGUUGGGACACCAGCUUCAUUCUUUGGGAGUUGUAGACAAUCCAAAGAUAGACCUUGAUGCUCCUUUGGCUGAUGAUUUGAUGGGAUUUUAUGAAAGAAUGGGCGACACACUUGCGCACCAGUAUGGUGGUUCAGCUGCUCACAAUAAGAUAUUUUCGGAGAGAAGGGGUCAAUGGAGAGCAGCAACUCAGUCUCAGGAGUUCUUUAGAACUCUUCAACGGUAUUACAGCAAUGCUUACAUGGAUGCAGAGAAGCAAGAUGCAAUUAAUGUAUUUCUGGGGCAUUUUCAACCACAAGAAGGUAAACCUGCAUUGUGGGAAUUGGAUUCAGACCAGCAUUAUUACUCUGGGAGGGAUGAACCAAAAGAUAAGGAUCUAGAUGGAAGGUCCAUUUUCAAAAGAUCUUAUUCCGACGGUAAUAUUCUUCAUGAAAGCAGCUCACCUAUGUCAUCACCACAUGUUAAGCCGGAGAAAUUUACUAACUCUUGUAUGCCAGAUCCAUCACAACAAGAAAGCAAGAUUCUUUCAGAGUCAUCACCCGAUAUAUCAACUUCUGAGAGUGAUAUUGCCUAUUCAAGGUACACUCCCUCAAUGCCUCGCAGGCAACUUUUUGGAGAGUUGCAGAGAUACCGGUGCCUUGAAAGUGAUCAUGUCUACUAUUCUGAACGUGGAGAUUCAUACAACUUCUCAAACUUUGUUGACCUAGACUGGCUAUCUUCUUCCGGGAAUUCUUGUGAGGAGGAGCCAUUCGAAAGGUCAUCAAUACUGACAAACUCUCCAAUUGAGGGACUAUCGUCGGAGAAUGUUGUUAAUGGAAUAAUGGGGGAUUCUACCCCCUCUACAAGUGAAUAUGGAUCCGGCUUGAAGGGGAAGGAGCAGACAGGACCAAAUUUAUCCUUUAAUAACGGAGAGAGUUCCAAUGUUCUUGAGGAAUAUCCAGAUAGCUUUGUGAACUGGGUCAACUAUGGAGAGACACUCUGCCACUGAAGUUUGAAUCAUUUUUCCUCAAUAAUACAUUUCCUGCCUUCAUUUGGCUCAACCAUUUCUCCAAAGAUGCUGGUCCAUGGAUGAGAAACUAUAGAGUGCAUGUUAGCGAUAUCGGGAGCAAGGGAGAACCAAAAGCAGUGGAACCGACAUUCAUUGGGAGGAUAUCAUUCCUGGAGGCAAUUGUGCUGGUCCUCAUGUACGAUACAACAUUGAGUUCGUUCGUCAUGAAAAUUUCAGUCGGAAGCUAUACCAAAGUACAAAAGAGUAAAUAGUCAACAAUUAAGAUUCUUUAGGAGCUCUUCCUCCAUCAGUUCAUGGAUAAUAGAUUUUAAUCUUGUAAAUAUUUUGCUCGUUGGAGCUCCACUUUAGAAUUGCAGGCCAUUGAUUCUUUAUUUUCCUUAAUGUUAAUUUGCGGACCCGCAUAAAACUAACAUUGUUGGGUAAGUGUUGCGGAGUAUCCAACUGUUGUAGAACUGGUGCAGCCAUUCUUGCCUUUAAGCGCUAAUUUUAGGCCUUAGCCUGUACGACUUGGCGUUUGAUUGAAAGACUUCAUUGUGUGCUGUACUUUGAAGGCUGAAAAAUGUAUCCCUAAAUGCAAAAAUAAAUUGUGUCCAAAUCGGCCAAAUAAAAGAUUCAAUAUUCAAGUCA